AUGGAGUUUAUGAAGGAGAUGUUCCAACCGUAUUUAGAUUCUUUUGUGAUAGUGUUCAUUGAUGACAUCUUGGUGUACUCCAAGACUGAUGAGGACCAUGUUCGACACUUGAGGACUGUGCUCCAGAGAUUGAGGGAAGAGAAGUUGUAUGCCAAGUACUUAAAUUGUGAGUUUUCACUUGAUUUUGUUGAAUUUCUAGGAUAUGUGGUGUCCAAGGAGGGUAUUCAGUGGUCUGAUGAGUGUGAGGAGAGAUUUCAAAAGCUCAAGACCUUGUUGACUUCAGCUCUUGUUUUAACUCUACCCGAGAAGAGUGUGGACUUUACCGUAUACUGUGAUACUUUUGGAGUCAGGUUAGUGACCCAGACUACCUCAGUUGUUAAGCCUGCUAAAGUUCUAUACUCAGCAUCUGUUGAACUUCUGCUUGGAUUUCCAGGCAAUGAGAGAGUCACCAAGUUUGAGGAUGUAACCUGUUACAGUCUGGCCCAAUCAGCAUCACAAUACCAUGUUAGUUUCAUGUCCUUCUCUGAUGACAUUAGUAAUCCCAGCCCUGGUUGA